AGCGGCGGGCUGGCAGCCAUGGUGUGAGGGCAGUGAUUGAGGCGGCCGGCCCGGCGCGGCGCGGCUUCGCUCGGCUCGGCUCGGCUCGGCAGCAUGUCGGGGCCGAGCGCCGUGUCGGAUCCCCAGCACCCGGCGAGGCUGCUGCGGGCACUCAGCUCCUUCCGCGAGGAGAGCCGCUUCUGCGACGCGCACCUGGUGCUGGAGGGGGAAGAGAUCCCGGUGCAGAAGAACAUCCUGGCAGCCGCCAGCCCCUACAUCAGAACAAAAUUGAAUUAUAAUCCUCCAAAGGAUGAUGGCUCAACGUACAAGAUUGAACUUGAAGGGAUAUCUGUCGAUAUCAUGAAAGAGAUACUAGACUACAUCUUCAGUGGGCAGAUCAGGCUAAAUGAAGAAACUAUCCAAGAUGUGGUACAGGCAGCUGAUCUCCUGCUGCUUACAGACUUAAAAACUCUCUGCUGUGAGUUUUUAGAAGGUUGCAUAGCUGCUGAGAACUGUAUUGGUAUUCGGGACUUUGCACUGCACUAUUGUUUGCAUCAUGUUCACUACCUUGCCUCAGAGUAUCUGGAAACUCACUUUCGAGAUGUCAGCAGCACAGAGGAAUUCUUGGAACUGACUCCUCAAAAACUGAAAGAAGUGCUGUCGAUGGAAAAACUCAAUGUUGGGAAUGAAAAAUACGUCUUUGAAGCGGUGAUUAGGUGGAUUUCUCAUGAUUCCGAAUCAAGAAAGGUUCACAUGAAGGAUGUCAUGUCAGCAGUGUGGGUUUCAGGCUUAGAUUCAGCGUAUUUACGUGAGCAGAUGAUGAGCGAACCGCUGGUACGGGAGAUCGUCAAAGAGUGCAACAACAUUCCCCUCACACCACCACAGCAGGGAGAGGCGAUGCUGGCCUCCUUCAAGCCCCGGGGAUACUCAGAGUGUAUAGUGACUGUUGGCGGAGAAGAGCGAGUAUCACGGAAACCAACCUCAGUGAUGCGGUGUAUGUGUCCUCUUUAUGAUCCCAAUAGACAGCUCUGGAUUGAACUUGCUCCUAUGAGUAUUCCAAGGAUCAAUCAUGGAGUAUUGUCAGCAGAAGGAUUUUUAUUCGUGCUUGGUGGUCAGGAUGAAAACAAGGGAACGCUAAGCUCUGGAGAGAAAUAUGAUCCAGAUACCAAUUCAUGGAGCUCCUUACCACCAAUGAAUGAGGCACGACAUAAUUUUGGUGUGGUAGAGAUUGAUGGAAUUCUGUAUAUCCUGGGAGGCGAGGACGGUGAAAGGGAGCUCAUCUCUAUGGAGAGCUACGAUAUUUAUAGCCGGACCUGGACCAAGCAGCCAGACUUGACCAUGGUUAGAAAGAUUGGCUGCUAUGCAGCUAUGAAGAAGAAAAUCUAUGCAAUGGGUGGAGGCUCCUAUGGAAAACUCUUUGAAUCUGUUGAGUGUUAUGACCCUAGGACUCAGCAGUGGACAGCAAUCUGUCCUCUGAAAGAGAGAAGGUUUGGGGCAGUGGCCUGUGGAGUUGCCUCUGAGCUUUAUGUAUUUGGCGGCGUCAGGAGUCGUGAUGACAGCCAAGCCAGUGAGAUGGUGACGUGCAAAUCUGAAUUUUAUCAUGAUGAGUUUAAAAGGUGGAUUUAUCUAAAUGACCAGAACCUAUGUAUCCCAACUAGUUCUUCUUUCGUGUAUGGAGCUGUGCCCAUCGGAGCCAGCAUAUAUGUGAUUGGAGAUCUUGAUACAGGUACAAAUUAUGACUAUGUUAGAGAAUUUAAGAGAAGCACGGGAACCUGGCAGCGCACUAAACCACUGUUCCCAUCGGACCUCCGCCGCACCGGCUGCGCGGCUUUGCGGAUCGCAAACUGCAAGCUCUUUCGACUGCAGCUUCAACAGGGGUUAUUCCGCAUCCGCGUACCUUCUCCGUGAGCCGUGUGCUGACAGGAGAGGAGACUGGAAGAAUUCUGCGCAGUCCACCAUAAUAUAGCUCUAUAUAAAGGAAAAGCUGAGAAAUUACAGCUGAAACUUACACUGUAUGCUGUGCUUUGGUAUGGUAACUGUUUUUGUUUUAAAUGCUUAAAAAGCUUGAGUCUCAGUUCUUGUUUCGGGAGCAAAUAACUUAAGUAUACAUUAAAAAGAAGAGAGGGGGGAAAAUUAAAAGGGGAUUAAGGAAACACCUUCAGUCGUAGCCAUUUGGAAGUUUAAAACUGUGUUAUUGAAGGAGGUUUUUUGUGUCUGAAACAGGUGGGAACUGGUAUUCCUUUGGCAAAGUUUAUUGUCGAGUAAAAUAAGAUUUAAGGUGUGUUUCCCGUGAGGGGAACUGAUAAGACUUAAUGUGCUAUCUUGGACUGGAUAGCUGUAAUACACAGAAGCUACAUGAUAACCAACCUCUCUGGUAUACUGGUUUGACCGUAAUGCCAUAGGAGAUGUUGGUUGUUGCACCUUUGAUUUCUAGUCCUUUCUCAAAAGUUAAGGUCUGUGCCUAAAAAUGGUGGAGGUGUGUACAUACGGUUUUUUCAUUCAUUUGCAAUGGUUUCAUUCCUACAAAUAUUUUUAAUAUAUUUAAAAUGGACUAAUCUGAAAUGGAUACAGUGUACUACAGAGAAGUAAACUGUGUUUUUCUACGCUGUCAUUUGGAUAGCCUGAUGAACUGGUGUACAGGUGGGUGGCAUGCGUUCCUGUGUGGGCUUUGGUGGCUGUUUCCUUGAAGUAAAAAGGAAACAGUGUUUGCAGUGGUUAAUAAUGAUUGCAGCUUUUGGUUAAAAGUCAACAAAACUUGACAAAUCAAAGAAAAUAGGUUGUGUUCCUUUUUACUUCAGAUCACUUGCUAACUAAGAAUGGUUUAAAGACUGGGGAUUAUAAAAAAGUGCAUUUUAUUUCUGUUAGAACAAAGAUGAAAUAUGACAAGCCUGUACUUGUUUUGCAGAAAACAUGAUUUUUGGACUAAAAGUUAAGAAAAAUUUCUACACUGACUUUAAAUUGGGAUCAAAAGUUGGUUUACUAAUGAUUUCUGUGCUAAGGUGUAGUCUUGUUAACUGCUGUCUGACUUUGAAAGCUGGGGUUUAUGGUGCCGUUAUAGUGAAGAAUUUAGUGUCUUGCGUUGUAUUUCUUAGUAAGUCUUGUUCACAUCAGUAGUGGUAUUUUACUGAAUUUUGCUCAUAGUCAAGAUCAGCUGGUAGAACACUUUUACCUCAAUUUUUGAUUUCAUUGUUGUUGUGAUGGGUAGGGCAUAACCUGUAUUUAUUUAAAAGGAAUAAAAAGAGGGAGAUGGAAAUAGAAAUAAGACCUCCUGCCCUUCAGAAAAAGAGACUUUGUAUAACCAGUAUUAUAACUACAUACAAUACUUUCCACUCUGCAACUCUGUGGACCUCAGACAAGCCAAUCUCUGCCCUCAGUGCUAGUGUAAACCUUCGUCUUUAUGGGAUCAUCUUAGAUAUGCUGAAAUACAAUCCUAAAGUAGUACAAAAUAGUUAUAUUUCACUAAAUAUUCCUUGAAGAGACAUUCUUAAACUUACUUCUGCUCAGUCCCUCCAUAGUGCUGGUGUGUGGUUGGAGUUACUGGGAUUCUGAGCAAAGGAAUGGGGGAUAAAAAGAGGGCAGCAGCCAAACCCUUGACCAUUAUUUAUUUAAUUUUUUAUUUUUUACAAUGCUGAAGUGCUGCAAAACUUGAACUAUAUACAUCAAUUUUCUGGCCUAUAUUAGUUGGCAUAUUAGAAAGUUUAUAUAUUUAUGCAUUGCAGUAAACUUGGUGUAUGUGUAUAUAUAUAUAUGUCUUCAGAUUUUAAAUUUAUAUAUAAUGCUUUACUACAGAAAUGUGAACUAUUUCCAUCCUUGGCUGUCUUGUGAAAUAAAUCAAGUGCUGUUAGUUUAUCUGUAAAACUUCCCUUUUUUAAAAAAUCUUACAUUGUUCAAUUUUUUUUUUUUCUUAGACAAAGUGCCAAGAUCCCAUAUUCAAAAGUGAUGAAUGUUUCCUAAGUAUCUAUUUCACUUUUGAGCUGUUUUCUAAGUGGCUUAGAAGACGUUUGAAAAUGUUAUUCAGAAUAUUGCAGGCUGCUAUCUCUUGAGUCCCUGUAGCUUCCCAGUACAUUUGAGGGCAUUCAGCAUCCAGAAACCCCAGGUAAUAAAUGCACACAAUAAAUCCAAAUUGUAUAUGCUCUAGCAGUGUUUUGCAGUUAAAGUUAUUGAGCGAAAUGUUUACACUUAGAGUAGGAUUAACAAUAGGUAGUCUUACUUUUUAAUUUUAACAUAAAUACAACAAAUCUGGUAAUUGGAGUGUGUUGCAAAUGCACUCAGUGAGAUUUGACCAAGAAGUUUAAGCCUCUUCACCUGAAACAGGUACAAACUUAAUUCCUUAAGCACGUACGUUGGCGGCCAGGGAUCAAGUCUCUAUAGACACUGUGUCCUGGAGUUCUGGGUGUGUGCUCAAGUGUAAGAUUAAAGCACUCCCGAGAUCUCACAGUUGGCUUCCUCGGCCUUGCUUUAAGGGAGUGUGGAUUAGCCCCCAUCUGUGCUGUCCAUGGGGCUGACCCGGGAGAUGCUCCAGUGUGGGCAUCUUUCAGGGUCUGACUUGUGUCUGUCUGUCCGGUUCUGAUCUGCAAGCCCACCGAUGAAUGCAUUUCUUGAGAUGUGCAAUUAACUAGGUUCCACUGCCUCCCAGUUUGGAGCAAGGCUUUGAAGCCAAGGCUCUCCUUUCCCCAGGGAGAGCUGGAUUAUACAGCUGAUGGUGUACGAGAGGAGGGGACCUGACCUGGCUUUUCUUGGGAGAGAAACAGUUGACUGCAGUAGAGGAAGGAGACUUUGAUACCAGAGGUGCUGUGUGGAGGGAUGUCACCAGUUUCCUGAGCGUGCUUAACCUGCAGACAGCUAUAGAUUGAACUGGGUUCACUGGUGCGUGCCACUACCCCAGCUGUCCUGGUGGCCGCGUACCCCCUGCAUGUGAUGACUGAACCACAUGGGAAGCAACUCCAUGAAUUUUGUGAGUUUGCAGUCUGGGGGUUGGAACUAGAUGAUCUUUAAGAUCCCUUCCAACCCAAACCAUUGUAGGAUUCUAUGAUUGUAUUCAGAAAAUCACCAAAUAUGGGGUAGGGGUUGUGGAAGAUGGGAGUAGCAGUGGCUCAAUCCUCACUCCACCUCUUAACUCCUCCAAAAGUUUCCUCUUCCUUUUUCUGUGUGCCAGAGUUAUUUUUUGAAAACUUCUGGAAUUGCUAAUUUAAGAGUAAAAUCCAAAGUUUGAGAGUGCAAGUGGGGAGAAAAAAAGAGAUAAUACCAUAAGCACACAGCAGCGUUCUCCUCUCAUGUUCUAUGUGUGUAGUCUUGUCCUGCUCUCCACAGCAGUAGUGAUUACAGGCACAAAGGAGUAAAGUGCUGUUCCUCUCAGAAAGUAAAUCUCUUGGGUUUUGAGGGAGGCACAGGCCUGGCCUCGUCUCUGGUCCUUAUCUGGCUUUGCGAGAUGCUCGUGUUCCUGAAGAGUCAGUGUUGGAUUUCAAAUUCUCAUCCUUUCUGUUUUGAUAACCUGAAAAAGAGGCAUCCUGAUGAGUCUUCUGUUUAGUUAUACCACAGCGAGGUCUGCCUGUUCUCGUAUAUUUUAUCAGCUAUUCCUUACAGCAUUUCCAUGAUAACUAGAACCUAUCAGCUUAGCUGCUCCUGGUCAAGUGACUUUCUGUAGCUUUGAGGGUACUUCAUCUUUAAAUUGAAGGCAAAUUAAUACAAGAUUACACAAAAGGACAGCAGUGAAUCUCAAACAAAGGCAAAUUGACAAAAUGCCCUCACUAGUAACUGUGGGCAGGCUCUAUCCCUUUUGCUUUUGACUGCAUAUACCUUGCAUGUUGUACAGCCUGCCUUCUGAAGCAGAGUUCUUGCUGAAAACAGGAGGGUUUCCAUCAAAGCUACUGAAGCACGUGGCUUGCAUUAAAAGCACCAAGCAGCUUAAUUUCUUUUUUUGCCAUAUUUCUUGUGCCUGAAUGACUUGGUAAAUGCACAAGUACAAAAGUGAGGGGUUUAGGGAGAGUUGUUCCCUGGUUUAAGUGCAGUUUCCCUGGUUGGUUCCAUAACUCCCGUGGCUGUACAGCAUGUGUGGGUUCUGGUAACACACACAUGCCAUGCAAAGAGUAGGAUGCAAUAACAAAUGCAAGAUGUUACAAGUGCCAAACUUUUGGGUUCCUCUGUGUAUAACAACAAUGCAACUGUUCGGUUAAAAUACAGAGAUGCUUAAAAUUCACUGUGUUCCAAAAAAAGAGCAGUGGUUCUGUUUUGUUUGGUUUUUUUUAAAUGAAUGUUAUUUAAAACACUGUAAAUCUUUACUUUUAUUUCUAAGACUGUUCUGCAGGUUUGUGUUACUCUUCACAGCUGCCUUGAGACAUCACUCCCUGUGAUGCAUAUGGACACUUUGCUCUUUGUUAGAGCACUAGUGCCGUGCAAGUACAUAAUAAAUGGCAGCUGACAACAGGUUUUAGUAUUUAAAAUUAUAAAUAUUUAGAUAAAAUGCAAUUUGCUUGCAUUAAUCUUAUCUGCAGAAGGAAAGCAGUGUCUCGGGAAGCAUGACUACACCCAGGGACACAGGCAUACUGACGAUGGUAACUGAGGUAUGUUUUGGUGCCACUCACAGCAAUGUUUUCCAGUGUUUUCUAUUUAAUUUGGGAUAUGAAUCCUUUCUGCCUCUAGUGUUAGCAUCAAGGGUUUGGUGUCUGUGUUGUCUUAACUCUUUGGUGUACUUAAACAGCUUCUUCAGGUGGAUGGGCUGAGUGUAAUUAUAUAUAUGUUUGUUUUGCAGUUAAAGCUACUAUUUCCAUCUUCACAUGGAGUAUUUCCUUUCACCAUUAAGGAUCAAGUGCAGGCCGGUGUCGUGGCCGUCAGUGCUGUGGCCUUUUGACAUUUGCCAUUUUCUGUUGCUCUUCCUUGUUUGCUGUUGGAGUUGAGAGCUGCGUUAGCAGGGCCUGUGUUUCCGUGGCACGCUGCUUGGGAAAGAGAAGGGAGAUCUGUCCGGUCACUUAGGAUUGGGAAGGUGAGCCAGUAAAGGCUGACUUGGAGACAUGGCUGUGAAUCCAGUGAGGUUUGGGUAAGCCGUGCUCCUUUUCUGUAGGGGUCACAGCCUUGUGCUCUGAAGUUUACUGACAGGCUGGGCAUCUGCCUCCCUAUUGGUUUUGAUGGUUUGUUUUCUGGGAAAUUCCUUAAUGUAGGAAGGAAAGAUUGCAGCCAGGCUUUAAGGUAACAUCUCUGAUCAGCCAUGUCCUGUGUGAUUCUGAAAUCCAACUGCUGUUAUACUCCAGUAAUCAAUUCUCUAAAUUUUUGAUGAACAGGUAAGCUGUUAGAAUAGACUAAACCCAUGUAAAGUGCCUACCUAGGUAAAAACACCUGCUAAAAGGAAUAAGGUGAUAGGAGAAUUAAACUAUAAACUGCUACCAACAGGUGAUUAUGUUGUAACUUUGUUGGUGAUACAAAAUCUUGAAGAUAUUUUUUAAAACAACUUAUUCUAGGUAGCUGCUUCUUAAUCAUGAAAUUAAAAUACAUAAAGGAGUUAUUUGAAGGUUAUUUGAAGUAAUCCACUGAAAUGUCUUGAAAAGUGAGCCGAAGAUUGGAGCUUUUCAAUGUAAAAGGCUAAACCUCUUUGCAGGGGUUCAUGUUAACAGUGAACAUCUGUCAGAAUAUCAAGAACUGAACAAGCUCAAUGCUAUUGCCUACCUGCGUCCUUGACUUUUCAUAAUUAAAUGAGAGUAUACUGAGCCCUUGUGAAAGCUCAUGGAUCUAGUUACAGUAAUAGGAUAAAAAGAGACCUCCUCUGUGUAAUUAACAUAAUUUUAUUGAUAAAACAUGAGAAUGUAAUUUUAUUUCGUUUUAAUACCAGGUGCUUUGAAUAACCACAUACUGCCCUUGAUUUAUUUUUUGUUUUCUUUGCCUUUCUGUGUCCCAUUCUUCUCAAUUAAUCAUAAGACAUCCCCUGCUUUUGUCAAGGGCAGCUUAUGUUCAUCAAUAGUUCUAAACCCAGUCAAAGUCUGAUACCAUGUAAGCAGGCUGCACAAUGGGCUGCUUUCCCAAGUAUAAUUCCUGUGUGUUCUGUUAGCACGCUGCCACCUCUGCUAAUUUCAGAAUAGAAUAAAAACUGUGGAACAUUAUUGCACCUGAUGAAAGCAAAAGCCAUUUUGGAAAGUCUAAAUUUCAUAUUGUAGCAUGUGGUAUGUGGUAGGCAGUAUGCUGUAGAAACCUCAUUGCUGUUCUUGAGAUUCGCACCUUAAUGAUCUCACGUGCUAAAAGCUUCGGCUCGGCAGCAUCUGUUUUAUUAAACUACACAUGAUAGCAGGAAAGCUUUGUCAUCCUUGUCACUUGCUUCGCUUUUUUUAGGUCUUUAAAAAGUAAAGUCUGCUUAAUUAUUAGAGUAAGUAAACCAGAACACCAGGGGAGCUGGCAAGGUGCUCAAGUUGAACAGAGCUGGCAUUCUUUAAAGCUCUUGUUAAGGUUUCUUUCUGAAGGGAAGCCAAGGAGUACCCUCUUAAGAAACACUUUCAAACUCUUUCAGAACUAGUCUUAAACCAGUCCAAAGGACUCUUCUAGAUUGCGUAGAGAAACCAAAAUCUGUUGUAGCUUGUGUUUCUUGAGGAAACAGCUGCUAAGUCAAUUUUAAGCAUUUUUUUUCUCCUUGACUUCCAAAACCUUAUGAUUUGCGUCUUGUAAUUGAAAUGUUUUUCUGUUUAAGGGUCUGAGAUUGUAUUUUGCAAUGUAUGUUGACUAUUCUGUCGUAUCUUAGUUUAGUUGAUGUUGACAGCAAGGUGUAUUCUGGUUCUGUCCAGGGGGUAGAAAGUAUCAGCAAAACAAGCUUCUCCUUUUACUGCACAUGGCCUUGUUGUGUGCAUCUAAUGGGGCAAGAGCCUUGUUUUCGCACAGAGCUUAUGUCAUUGCUGCCCUUUGUUGCCCUUGGUGUAUGGAACAUGUCUGGGUUGUUGCUGGGACUCGAGGCUGUGGUUGGCUGAGAAUUGAUCCCCAAAGCCUUGUCCAGACCAAACAUGCAGAUUGCUGACACUAUGGAUAACACCGCUUGCUGGUGUCAGAUGUUUUGUCCUUCACUUUUAUUAACAAGAUUUUGCCUUCACUCUUGCCCCGAAUGUAUAUUUGAGUGCAUUGCUUUUGCUAACAAUCCCUGGGAAGAGCUGCUAGGGUUUGGGGGGCAUCCACACACCCCUGAUCUCUCUGUGCGUUGGCUUUUUGCACAUCUCUGCAUCCCUUAACUCCACUCAGUGUAUGUGGGGAGAUGAUGAAAUGAUUAAAUGAGUUUUCAGUAGGCUGGUAAAACUAAUGCCAGCAGGACAGAGAUCACCUGAACAUCUGUAAGCAAUCCUGUAGGUAGAACAUGUGUAGCCCACUCCCCUGCAUGAGUGUUACUUGUGGCUGGAAGUCUGCCACCUUCUCCUUGGGAAAAAAGCCCUUAUUCCCACCUACCUCAUUUGUUUUCCUUUGCACUUUGUCAAAUCUUUUGUUUUGUUUUGUUUUGUUUCAAAUUGCAUAUUGUCCUUCAACAAAAAGCUAAAAGCACACCAGAAGCGGGGCAGAAUGAUGCCAUUGUCCAAGGACAGUUUGCUUUAAUUUCAUUGUCUGUACAAAAAGACCAAGGUUGACCUGCAGCUGCUGUAAAAAGUAAAUAAAAAAUUAAAUUACUUGAAAGUAACUAUUAUACUUGUAAAUGAGAGAAGUAAUUGAAAGACUGUCCUGGCAACUUGUAAAGAGGGAAAAAAAUCUGUUUAAAAAAUAGAAGUCUCUGCUCUAUUUUUUGAGCACAGAUCUUGUUUGCUCUAUUUUUUGAGCACAGAUCAAUAGUUUUCUCUCUGCCUCUACUCUGCACUAUUUUGCCUGUGAACUCGAUCCAUUAUCUCAUUCACUGAUUUUUCUGUAAUGUCUAAUUUGGAUUUUUUUUCCAUAAACUUUCCUAUUUACUCACCUACAAAGAGAAACUGUCUAAAUAAAUACCCACCUUCUGUACCUGUCGUUAUGUGCUUGCCUGUUUGUUUGAGAUCUUCAGGUGUGCAGGGUUUUGCUUAGCUUGAAGAAUUAAAAAACAAAAAGUGUGUUUUCUGCUUCUAAAGGUGCUAUUUUGACAUAUUUUUGAAUUCCUUACACUGUGCUUGACUUUAAGGUAGGGUGAUAAUCAGCUCGUGUCUGUUCUCUGGGUAGGUCUUUCCUUUUUGGAGUAUUCAGUCUUUUCUUAAAAAAACAUCCCUUUUCAUAAGGACAGCUUCUGAACUAUCAAAAGCCUUAAUACAAAACGUAAUGGGAAAAUGUUGCCUUUUUCUCUUUCUUUGUAAAAGCAAACCCAAAUGCUCUACGGGUAACAUUGUCCUGUAAAACUUGUAAGUAGCAGCUCAUGUUAACUUUGACUUAAGCAUAGCAAUCAUCUCACUGGCCAAUGCACAAACAGUAGGGAUAAAACAAAGAGCUAUUCAAGGCUCUGUACCAAUUACCUGCUAAUUCCAGAGCCUUCUGUUGGGAUCACAGUGUCUCUUCUGUAAAUAUCAAUCUUCAUGGUGUUGCUCUCAAGGUCCUGGCGGUGUGCUGUUUUCUGCCUGCCUGGGACACUGUGACCCAUGUGGCUGUUUCCAUCAGUCUGCGGGGGGCCAGGUGUGGGUUGUGUCUCAGGCUCAAGGUUGUGCCUCUGUUGAGCCUGUUCUGGAUGCAUCUGGCUGGCAAGGUCUGUUCAGCUGCCCCCCUGCUGCCGAUGGCUGGGAGGCAGGAGGAGGGAUGGUACCGACUGCUGCCAUCACUGGAGUGGGAUCAGCUUGGUAGGGCUGAGGAGAAGGCUCUUGUGGGUGCAGCCGUGGAGUAGAGAGCUGAAUCUCAGUCCCGAGUAGCAACUCUGUUGUCAUCCUUAUUGCACUGUAUUUUUGCUUAAUCCAUAUCAUCAGUUCGGUUUAUGGAUUUGGUGAUUAAACACUGCUAGAGUGGAGGACAAAAAAUCAUACUCCUGCUCUGUCUGAAGCAGCAGGAAGGAGCAGGGGGUUGACGUUUGAACUUGUGCCAUCUCCAGACAUCAGGUUGCUGCCUCUUCCUAGGCCUCGCAGUCCCGGGUUAGUAUUUCUCGGUGUUGUUAAUCUAAGAGCCCUUCAGCCUUUUGAAAAGGCCGCAGACUGCCCUGUGGUUCUCGCAGAGGUGCUGAGUGGAGGGAGGUCACCAGUUUCCUGAGUGAACUAUGGAUACACAGCUAUAGAUUGAACUGGGUUCACUGGUGAGUGCCACCACCCCAGCUCUCCUGACUGGGUACCCCUGCAUGUGACGGCUGAACCAUAUCAGAAGCAACUCCAUGCAUUUGGUGAGUCUGUAGUCUGGGGGUUGGAACUAGAUGAUCUUUAAUAUCCCUUCCAACCCAAACCAUUCUAGGAUUCUGGGACGUGUUGGGUGCUGUUCUUUGGACCAUCCUAACUCACCUAAACUGUCAUCUAGGAACCUUGGGCUGGUGGCCUUCAUGAGGAGUAUCUGCAUUACCUGCAGCACGCUUUGAAAAACAGCCAGUAAAUGAGGGACCCCGAAAUCCUCGAUCCUCUUGUUUUAGGGAAGGCUGAAGAGCAGCUCCAUUCAUUGUCAGGCUGUGCACAGAGUCUGAGCCUUGCAGCUGCGCCCUGGCAGGAUGGGUAGGGAUGAAUCUGCCCUGUCUUUUACAUGAGCAUAAGACAUAAAGGUUUUUGGUCUGUUACAGGAGAUCUAAUACUUUGCAUUUGUUCUAUUGAAAUCUGAAAAUAUUGGAGGCUCUGGAACUGUUUCUGCAGGGUGGAACAGCAACUGUGGGCCUAAAUAACUGGUGAGCUCCUGGCCAGCUCCCCUGGUUUUCCCCUCCACUUUUUAGGGGAUUUUUUGAGAAAACAUAAAUGUAUGACCUCUUCCCAGUUUGUCGGCUAACUGCUGAAUAAUUUGAAGUGGGAACCUGACAAACUGAGACUGUUUUAAGUUUGCCUUCAAAAGGCAAAGGCAGAACUUCAUGUUACAUGCUCUACCUUUGGAGUUUUCCCUCUGUAAACCAUCUUUGUUGGGUACCAUGAAUCUUGUAGGAUUGGGCUAAAGGAUUGAAACAUAUAUGAAUGGUGACUAGUACAUUUAGUUUGACUUUGCACUGUAAAAAUGUGCUUUUUUAGAGUAAGAGAAUGAAAUAACGACUACAUUGGUUAAUCCAACUGAUAUCUGUAUUCAAUGAACCGAGUAAUAGUAGGGUGUUGGAACGUAAUGCCACAUUGGUGCUGCUCUCGUAAAGGUUCAGCGGACUGUCAAAUCUGAGAUCUUGUUAAGUACCAGGAUAUUGUCAGAAUAUAUUGCUGGCUUUUCUACAGAAAAAUACAUCAGUGUGUUGUGGUAGAAACACUCACCUGGUCUUGUUUACCACUGCUGGCGUGCAGCUCAGCAGCAAGGUUUAUUCCCAUCAUCCAGGUGUCGUGCUUGGACUUCUGUAUUACAGAUGUGUUUACUGUUACAGGCUUUUUAUGGGCUACGUUUCCUGUGGGUCUUUGUGCUUUUUGUGGGAAUGGAGUUUUUGCUUUUAUUCGUUUGUGUGCCCACCCCAAAAUCUUCCUGAGCUGCUUUAGAAAUGAAUCCAUGAAUCGCUUGGGGUCAGGCUUUGGAAUCCUCAGACCUGAGUAUGCUGGGUUAUUUCUGUUAAAACCAAGGAAAAAUAAGACGUAAAUGCUCUUUGGCCUCAAUCAAACUAUGCAAUAUAGCACAACAAAGAGCUGAAUUCCUUGUGAUACAGAAGUUGCACAGCUCUUGUGUCCUUCCAAAGCCAGUCCUUUGUCCAAGGUUGGGAGAACUUAUACACAAUGGUUGCCCAAGAGUCUUGAAUCCAAAUAACUCUUGUUCAGUGAUUUCCCUACUUCUCCCUGCCUCACCCCUCAGUUUAUAGCUGUUUUGACUCUGAACGAUGUGCUGUCAAAGUGUAUCCCUCCUGUCACUCUUGUAUUGUUGUCAAUUGGAGCUCGUCUUGCAAACCCACCAGUGUGGGUUACCUUCUGGAGCGAGUUAGGGGCCACUUUGUGGGUUUGCGUCUCUGCUGUAGAGCAUGUCAGGCAUUCCGGGUUUGCUGUGCCCCUCCAGGUAGCUGUAGGUCUUGCUUUUGUGCUCCUGUCUUGUUCAGGCACGGGUGUGGUGCUUACAGUAAAGAAUACCUGUGACUUGGUCUGCGAUCCACCCCAACCGAGUUUUCAUUUCCACCGCUUGUAUGCGAAUUUGAUUUUGCUGCUUCCGUAGCAAUUUGGGGAUAAAUGGCCGUGUGGUCAGCACUGCUGGUAAAGGUUCUUUGUUCUCCCAUUGCUUCAUUUAUGCAGUUAAGUUUGUUCUUUGUGUUCAUGUUCUUCCCCCUGUUAAGUACUAACGAAACGGGUACACUGUUUUGCCCUAGUUCUACAUCCAGUGAAUAGCUCUUCCCUACCAGUUGGUCACCUCUUCUCACCUUUACAUGCAUUCUUCUGAGUAGUUUACCUAUAUUUGUCAUUUACUUAACCCACGUUGUACCUCACACUGCUUUUUCCCUCCUACCACCAUUCAUUAUUUGGUCUUCUUUAAUUCAGGUUAAGCUUGAUUUGCUUCUCUUCACUUCAAAAGGGGAUUUCAGUGCAUGCACAACAUGGGAGACACACAGAAAAUCUCUGCAGUUGUCUGUGUGUUCAUUCCCACCCCAGCACAUGCAGUGCGAGGGGUUCACCCUAUUCCAUUCCCCAUCCCAGGUUUUCCCUAGUGCUAGGCAGAACAAAGUCUGAAGCCGUUUCUCCUUUCUUUUGGUAAUUGAAACUAUUUGGAGAUUUGGAGAUUUUCUUAGGAAGUAGCCACUGCGGAUCAGCAGCUGGCAUGCGAGGGGGUUGUUAGGUUUCCAUAUUCAGUAUUUCUAAUUGAGGAACAAAUAAUUUAUUUGGGGGGGGGGGGGAAUGUAAGUUCUUUUGUAUUUGUAUGUCAAAGUGGCCUUUAUAGGAAAAGCACAUAAAAUAUUUAGAUUAAAAUUGCUUAGUUGUGUAAUUCUAGUGGGGAUUUUUGUAUUGACAGGGUUUCUAUGCAUUUUUCAAAAUAUACUUGUGUUUUGUGUUAGAAUUAUUGGAAAUAUUUUUUAAAAAUGUGUAUUACCACAUUUUCCAUGGUUGAUCCCUUUACUACCAUUCCUUUUGAAUACUACAAAGAUUUUAAUUAACCCUGUAAAUUAAUUUUCCCCCACAGAUAUUUGCAUUAAGUCAAUAUAAUGAGUUAUAGCAUGGGUAUGUAGCUUUAAGGGAAUAAGCCUAGUAGUGUAGCUUAAUUAUGGAGAGAUCUUUUGGGAGAAGGGCAGUGUUUUAAUUGCACUUAAAAGACUAAAUUAGGAAAUUAAGUUUUUGCUGGGAUUUUUUAAGCUGUUUCCAUCCUGCAUUGUUUACACUCGAGCAUUAUUUAAAUGUACUAUUUGUUCAGUGUAAUUCUCCUUCUGUAUUCUGUUGGGAUAAUACUAAUGUUAACAGAUAUGAAAGGUUUUGGAAAGUGUCAUAUCCCAGUGGAUAUGACAUAAGUUUAGAGGAGGGAGAAGAAAGAAAAAUAGUGUAUCUUUCCUUUUAAUUACAUGCACAUUUUUGCAUUGGCUGAGACUAAAGGAACUGAACUUACAAUUAAAUUGUAAGUAAAAUAAGUGGUUUGGGGCGGGGGGGGUGUGUGUGGAAACAACGAAGAGGUUUUCAGAACUGCAGGUAAAAGUACCCUUCAGUUGCCCUGCAGUGCAAUUGCCCUGACUGCCUAUGCAAAGUAUAACCCGAGUUGGAUGCAUCAGACCCUUCUGUUAUUGCUCUGGUUUUACCUUCUCUUCUCGAGGUGUUAUUUAUUGUAAGGCUUCCCCGGAACGUUUGUCAACUGACACCUCCAUUUUAUAGUUUUUAUGUCUGUAUUUUUGUUCCUGUCUCUGUUUCAUAAGGGAUCCCGCCUCUUUCAUAGGUUAGUGCAAGUGCAAGCUUUAGGAGCAGCAGCAAAUGAACAUUGCAUGCUACCGUGGGUUCUCAUAAUGGAAGAAAAAAUGUGCAGUUUCAAUGGCACUUUGACCUACUGCUGGAACAUUGAGUUUUGCAAUGGAACAAACUCUCAACAAUUGAAAACACUCUGAGUCUAUAUUAGAUGUCCUGAAAGUGCAGAAAAAGGCAGUUACUGCAGUUGUACCCACAGAUAAUUUGGUAUGGAUUUUCUUUUUUUUUUUCCCAAUAGUUACAUGAUGUGAUUUUAGGAAAAUACACGUUCCUUGGUUUACUUUGGUCGCCAUAAAUUGCCCAGUGCAGAGUCUGGUCCACCUCCAUCCAUUUACUUUCAUGGAGUAGUUCAUGCACGUAACAUUUGUAAGAGCAGAGCAGGGAAGCUGUGUGGUUACUUACCAGUAACCUCCCUUGCAGCAUUGCUUUGUGGCUCACGAGACGAACAGGGAGACGAGAAUUUUCCUGGAUUAAGUAGCACUCGCUUCGUUUACGUGUUCAGUAUAAUGUUGGGUGACAAAAGGGAGGUUCCCUUUCUAAAGUAUUUGACUUGUGCUUUGGGGACUUAGUUGCCACUGUGCAAAUUGUGCUGUAAUAUUGUACCAAGGAUCAGUGAAAGUGUUUUAUCUUUUUUAAUGUCGUUUGUAUUUGACCGGGUUUUAUAAAUGUAAGAAAUCAGAGUGUUGUAUUUUGAUCUGAAAUUUGCGUAUGGUAAAAGUAACUUUGCUUUAUGUAUUGGAGGUUUGUUCAGAACUUGAAUUAUUUUAUAGAAGGGUACAGACCAAAAUUAAUUGUCUUAAAAGGUGUUUAAUAAACUAACCAAAUAAAACAUCGAUGGUUUGAAAAACUUG